AUGUUUCUGCAGCUAUCACCAAGAAUUUAUUCAACUUUUGCAUUCGUCGUCGAAGCAUCUGAUGACGAGGAUCGUCUAAUAGCUCAUAUUCUGAAAAAUGUUAAUCCACUUAUACGCCCUGUAAGAAACGCUUCAUCGCCACCAUUAAUCGUCAGUAUGACUGUACAACUUGUUUACAUCAUCAAAGUUCAAUGGAAAGAUUUUCAAAUGCGAUGGAAUCCGGUACAUUUUGGUGAGUUAAAAAAAGUACGUGUCGCAUCUGAUAAAGUUUGGUUACCGGAUAUUGUGCUUUUCAAUAAUGCUGAUGGAAAUUAUGAAGUAUCGUUUAAACCAAAUGUUGUUAUUGAAUAUACGGGUCAAAUGUUAUGGGUUCCACCAGCCAUUUACAAAUCUUCUUGUAUUAUCGAUGUCGAAUUUUUCCCCUUUGAUGAACAACAGUGCCAUAUGAAUUUUGGAUCUUGGACAUACAACGAAAAUGAAAUAAAACUGGAUUUCGUAGAAGGGGCAUAUAUGGAUAUAUCAGAGUACAGAACCAGUUCUAUAUGGGAUCUGAUCGAUGCACCCGCUAGCCUAGUCAAGAACAAAUCUUGGAUAGAAUACCAAAUAAUUAUAAGAAGAAAAACAUUAUUUUACACAGUAAUGCUUAUCAUUCCGACGGUAUUAAUGGCAUUCCUUAGCGUUGUUGUUUUUUAUUUGCCCACAGAUUCUCGAGAAAAAAUAACGUUGACAGCUGCGAUAUUACUUUCAAUUGUUGUUUUUUUGUUAUUGGUGUCAAAAAUAUUGCCACCUACAUCUUCAACAAUUCCUUUGAUGGCUAAAUAUUUACUACUGACAUUCGUGUUAAACGUUAUCACUAUUUUGGUAACCGUUGUCGAUAUCAACGUAUAUUUUCGUAAUCCAUCAACCCAUUCAAUGCCUGACUGGGUUCGAUCCAUAUUUCUCCAGUUUAUGCCAAAAAUGCUCUGUUUAAAAAAACCGCGAUCGGCACUUCACAAAUUUGCUCGUGGAAGUCAAGACAUACAGUGCAGAAGGAAGUCAUCAGCAUCACAACCACAUCCGGUUUUGCAGAUGAACUUGCACCAUCCACUUUGUUCAACAGUUGGAAAUAAUCUUUUUUUUUUACCUACGCGAUUCUGGUAUAAUUUUUUAAGGGAUCUUAAAAACAGUGCAAUUAAACCCAAACUUACGGCAGCAGAGAUCGAACUAACGCAUCUAAGCCAUACUGAAGAGUUACUGAGAGAACGCGAUCCAGUAACCACUCCAUUUUACCCGCUAACCAAAAAGGCUAUAAACGCUAUUAACGCAAUUGAAUAUAUUACUGAAUAUAUAAAGAAAAAUGAAGAACAAAAAAUGCAACGUGAAGACUGGAAAUAUGUUGGAAUGGUUAUUGACCGUUUUUUACUUUGUGUAUUUGUUGGUAUAACACUCGGUGGCACAAUUGGUAUACUUCUAUCAGCACCACAUAUUCUUGAAACUGUAGAUCAGAAAAAAAUUAUUGAUGAAAUACGACAUCAUUACAGAAGAAAGGAUCUAUAA